GUCUUGGGUGUGUCUUCCUGCUGACAGUAUAAAACCGCCAGUCCUCUUACCAGCAGAAUACAGAAGUUUGCUGAAAAGUCAUCCUUCCACGAUGAGUCUCUCUGCCAAAGACAAAGCUGCCGUCAGAGACCUUUGGUCCAAGGUCUCAGGAAAGGCUGAUGACAUUGGUAAUGAUGCUCUUUCUAGGAUGUUGGUGGUCUACCCCCAGACCAAAACCUAUUUCUCUCACUGGAAAGACCUGAGCCCCGGCUCUGCCCCAGUGAGGAAGCACGGGAAGACCGUGAUGGGCGGCGUUGCUGAGGCUGUCAGCAAAAUCGAUGACCUUACCUCUGGGCUCCUGAACCUCAGCGAGCUUCAUGCUUUCCAGCUGCGUGUUGACCCCGCCAAUUUCAAGAUUCUGUCCCACAACAUCCUCGUGGUUCUGGCUGCUAUGUUCCCCAAUGAUUUCACCCCAGAGGCCCAUGUUGCUAUGGACAAGUUCCUCAGUGCUCUGGCUCUGGCUCUGGCCGAGAAGUACAGAUAA